AUGUCUUCUUCCAAAGUCAUUAAAGUCAUUUUGUUGGGUGAUUCUGCAGUCGGAAAGUCAAAACUGGUUGAACGAUUUUUAAUUGAUGGAUACCGAGAACAACAACAAUCAACAUUUGCUUUGAAUAUAUUUACUUAUAAAUCAAAAAUUGAUGGUGAGGACUGUGAUAUUGAAUUUUGGGACACUGCUGGUCAAGAGAGGUUCAAUAAUGUUCAUCCCUCUUAUUAUCAUCAAGCUCACGCCUGCAUUCUAGUGUUUGAUGAUCGACAAAUCACAUACAAAAAUUUGGAAAAGUGGUACAACGAAUUGCAAACCUACAGAAAGGGAAUUCCAGCCAUUGUGGUAUGCAACAAGAUUGAUUUAAAUAUGGAUGUGACAAAAACCACCUUCAAUUUUGCAAGUAAAAGAGAACUUCCGUUGUAUUAUGUUUCAGCAGCAGACGGUACAAACGUCGUGAAAGCCUUCACCGAUGCUCUAAAACUUGCCAAGAAAUGUCGAGACAAUCCAGAGAAGGAAUUUGUUGACGAUGUUCUUGAAUUGCUCAAGGAUUAA